AUGGCUGAACACGAAGCUUGCAUCCUUGGUCUGAAGAUGGCUAUCGAUAUGAACGUUCAUGAGUUGCUGGUAAUUGAAGAUUCAAAUUUGCUAAUUCACCAAGUUCAAGGAGAGUGGCCCGUAAAGAAGAACCCAAAGAUCACACCAUAUGUGCAGAGGACUCCAGAUUUAGGCCUUCUCAAAUGUGUUGAUGCUAUUGAGGCUGCGAAGCUUCUUGAACAAAUACACGCUAGAGUUUGUGGUACUCAUAUGGAUGGGCUCACCUUGGCGAAGAAAAUCCUCCAUGCCGGUUAUUUUUGGAUUACUAUGGAGCAUGAUUGUUGCAAGUUUGUGCAAAAAUGUCAAAUACAUGGGGAUUUGAUUCGAGUACCGCCUCACGAACUCUAUGCUAUGAGUUCGCCUUGGCAUUUCGUAGCUUGGGGCAUGGAUGUCAUUGGUCCAACAGAGCCAGUCGCCUCUAACAGACACAGAUUUACUUUGGUUUCCAUUGAUUACUUUACCAAGUGGAUGGAAGCAGCCUCACAUAAAUCGGUGACCAAGACAGUUGUAGCUGAUUUCAUUCGUAACAAUUUGAUAUGUAGGUUUGGAAUACCGGGAUCCAUCGUUACCGACAAUGGAGCGAAUCUCAACAGUCAUUUGAUGAAAGAGAUAUGUGAGAAAUUCAAGAUUACUCACUGGAACUCAGCCGCUUACCGUCCCCAAAUGAAUGGAGUGGUAGAAGCCGCCAACCAGAACAUCAAGAAGAUCCUGAGGAAGAUGAUUGACAAUCACAAAGGUUUGCAUGGGUUUGUUGCCAUAUGCUUUGUUAGGCUAUAG